AUGCCAUACUGGAUAACUAAACAAAUAUUUUGUAUCUUGAGAAAGGGUAAUCUUAAGAGCAUCCUUAAAGGAAUUUUAUUUUUAUUUCUUUUAAGUAGGAGAGAAAUAAUUUUUUCAUUUAAUAAUGUUCCGAAUUCCCUCCAUUCAAAUACUCAAACAAUUAUAAUAAUGAGUAACUAA